CCCAAUCUCUCCGUCUCAAAGAGCCGGACAGUUGCCAUCAUCUUCUGCAUCACAUGCAUCAGCGGCAUCAGCAACCUCCUGGCCGGAUUAUUGACAGUCUGCAUCCCGGUAAUCGCCGCAGAAUUGAACUUUCCCCCCGAACUUCAACUAUGGCCAGCCUCAGCCUUUGCUCUCGCAUGUGGUUGCACGCUUCUUCUGUGUGCUAGUGCUGCUGAUGUCAUUGGAUGUCGCCGCGUUUGCUUGGUUGGCGCCCUGUUGCAGUCUGCGAGCGCACUUGGUGCUGGAUUGGCAAAUAGCCCAUCACAAUUGAUUGCUCUCCGAGCUGUUGCUGGAGUGGCGGCGUCCUUUUGCUUGCCCAGUGCUGUGGGAAUUGCGGCUCGUGCCUUUCCCGCUGCAAGCAGCCCUCGAAGCCGCAGCAUCGCAUUCUCAGCUAUGGGUGGCGGCCAAGCUGUGGGUUUUGGAUCAGGACUCGUAUUGGGCGGCAUCUUCAGCGGUACGCUUGGCUGGCGUUGGGGCUUCUAUAUCACGGCCAUUCUCAAUGUCGUCAUUCUGGUAGUGGCUAUCUGGGCAUUGCCUGCUGGUGUAGAUGGCGUUGCUCUAGGGAGAGAGACUCUCAAUCGUCUUGCGCGAGACAUUGAUUGGCUUGGAUGUGGCCUUAUUAACACGGCGCUCGCGCUUCUAUCGUACGAGCUGGCCGUUGUUUCAGGGCCCGAUGCCAGCGAACGUAUACGAGAGCCUGCAAACUUGGUCAUGCUUUGUAGUGCAGUUGCUCUCCUACCUGCCUUUGCAGCGUGGAUGCAUCACCAGACACGAAGAGGCCGACCAGCUUUGAUUCCUAAUGAAAUCUGGAAGAAUUUGCCCUUCACCACUGUCUGCGUCACUGUAUUCUUGGUCUGGGGAUCUCUCAAUGCCAGUGAGCAGUUCACGGCGUUGUAUCUACAAGAAGUCCGUGGCUUUUCCCCUUUGACAUCAUCACUUUAUUUCUUACCGGCACCAAUCUGCGGUGCAUUGAUGAACGUUGCCAUUGGCAUCUUGCUGCCGUAUCUGAGGCCUUCGUUUGCCGUUCCGGCUGGCUGCCUUGUCAGCGGCAUCGCUCCGCUGCUUCUAGCCACGCUAUGCGGUGUGGAUGGCCCAAGUUACUGGCGCGCAGUAUUUCAAGCCAUGGCCAUGAAUCCGUUGGGGGCAGAUCUCAUUUACACCAUUGCCAAUCUUGUGGUGACGUCCGCGUUUCCGACAAAGACACAAGCUCUGGCAGGGGCCGUUUUCCAGAUGCUCUCUCAGGUCGGAAAAAGUGUUGGCAUCGCCUCAACGGCAGUGAUUGCGCAGCAGAUUACGACAUCUUCACAGAUGCAGAAUAUGAAUGAAGCUUUGCUACGGGGUUACAAGGCUGGAUGGGUGUAUAACUGCGGGCUUGGUUUUGCAUCCGUCGUGGUGAGUCUUUGGGGUCUCCGAGGAGUGGGCAAACUUGGCGUCAAGAUAGAUUAA